GUCAGGGUGGCGGUCGGGCAGAUGACAUCAGUUGGAAAUCAGGAUGCAAACUUCAGUGUCUGCAGUCAGCUAGCGCGCGAAGCAGCUCGCAAAGGCUGCAAAAUGCUAUUCUUGCCGGAGUGCUUCUCCUUCAUUGUGUCCUGUUUGCAGACGGUGGUUGUUGCUGAGAAGCUUGAUGGCCCGAUCAUGUCAAGAUUCAGACAAUUGGCUGGUGAAGUCGGCAUCUGGCUUUCGCUGGGAGGUUUCCAGGAGGUCGGCCCAGACAAGGAGCACAUUUACAACACCCAUGUUGUCCUCAGCUCUGAUGGCACGCUGGUGGCAUCAUACAGAAAGGUGCAUCUUUUUGAUGUUGAGGUCCACAACGGCCCUGUGCUUAUGGAGAGCCGCAGCACAGCCCCAGGCAAUCAACUCGCAGUGUGCGACAGUCCAGCUGGCAGGCUGGGCCUGACAGUGUGCUAUGACCUGCGCUUCCCAGAGGUCUACCAGCGCCUGGCCUUUGACCAUGGGGCUCAGGUCUUGCUGGUCCCCUCGGCAUUCACAAAAUUGACAGGUGAAGCACAUUGGGAGCUAUUGCUGCGAGCUCGGGCCGUGGAAACGCAGUGCUAUGUCAUCGCAGCAGCACAGGCAGGGAAGCACAACGAGAAGCGCGAGAGUUAUGGGCACUCCAUAAUUGUUGAUCCCUGGGGAAACAUCAUUGCCAGGCUGGACAAUUCCCUUGCAACAGGCAUUGCUGUUGCUGACAUAGACUUCCAGUACAUGGCCUCUGUCAGGGAGCGCAUGCCCAUUGGUGAUCACAGGAAACAGGGGCGGAAAUGCCUGGGCUGGGAUGCGCGAUGACUCUGUGCAGUGUAUGACAUAGCAAGCAUGCUAUAGCAACCAUAGCACCAUGACGGCACAGGGAAGCAAGAGUGCGCAUGUCCUGGUGCAGCUUGCAUGUAGAAUAGACAUUUGAGCCUGACCAGACAUGUACAGCUGUUGUGAAUACGAUGAUAAAUGGGGCCCCAAUCGUGGCAUACGUCUGUAUUCGUACUAGUGUUCUUGAGACCAAAUAAUUUACAAGCGUUUCAUAUGGCUGCAACGGCAUGUUCAAGUUGGAGCGUUAAUCAAUGAUUUCCAGUUCUAAUGUACUGUAACCAUUGCCAGAU